GGAGGACAUUAUUCCCAGUUGCGCCCCGGUUCUGCCGGAAGUGGCGGACGUGUUUCCCCGGUUCAGGUUCCUGGCGGAAGUGCUGGGAUGCGGGCUGUCGGUGCCGCGGUGUCAGGCGGCGGGUGUAAUAGGCCGUGUGGCCGGGGUGUGUGAGCGGCGUGGACUGGGAGGGCGGACAGGCUUAGUGGCCUCUCGAGCCGGCUAAGAACAUGGCCACUCGCCGCCUGACCGACGCCUUCUUAUUAUUGCGGAACAAUGCCGCCCAUAACCGGCACAUUCUGGCCGAGCAAGUGAGUAGUCCCAGCCGCCCGGGGAGCACGCAGAGCCGCGGAGCGGUGAGUCUCCGGCCCGGGGUGUGCCCGCAUCAGAGAUCCCCAAGGAAAGCUGGGAUCCGGGGGAUGGGGUCAAAGUGUGCACGUGUGGGACCCUGUGAGCUCGAUGAGCUGGCAGAUGAUCGUAUGGCCUUGGUGUCAGACAUUAGUCUGGAUCCAGAAGCUGCCAUUGGAGUCACCAGACGACUGUCUCCAAAAUGGGUGGAUGGAGUGCAAGAGAUCCAGUAUGAUGUUACACGUAUUAAACAGAAGAUGAAGGAACUGGCCAGCUUACAUGACAAGCACUUAAACCGACCAACGUUAGAUGACAGCACAGAAGAGGAGCACGCCAUCGAGAUCACAACACAGGAGAUCACACAGAUGUUCCACCGGUGUCAGAGGGCAGUGCAGACUUUACAGAGCCAAGUGCGGAACUGUACAGAGCAGGAGGAGCGAGUGUUACGCAACGUGGUCUCCUCACUGGCACAGUCUCUCCAGGACCUCUCUACAAACUUCAGACAUACCCAGUCUGACUAUCUGAAGAGAAUAAAGAACCGAGAAGAAAGAUCAAAGCAUUUCUUUGACACUUCUGUUCCCCUCAUGGAUGAUGGAGAGGACAAUACGUUGUAUGAUAGGGGGUUCUCCGAUGACCAGCUUGUUUUAGUGCAGCAGAAUACACUAAUAGUGGAGGAGCGGGAACGGGAGAUCCGUCAGAUUGUGCAGUCCAUCUCCGACCUAAAUGAGAUCUUCAGGGAGCUGGCAACCAUGGUGGUGGAGCAGGGCACAGUUCUUGACAGGAUUGACUACAAUGUCGAGCAGUCCUGUGUUAAAACCGAGGAAGGGUUAAAACAAUUGCACAAGGCAGAGCAGUACCAGAAAAAGAACCGCAAGAUGCUGGUCAUUUUAAUUCUGUUUGUCCUUGUGAUUGUUCUAAUCGUUGUGCUCAUUGGUGUAAAGUUUAAGUAGGUCAUUUGCAUUUGUUUGGAUUGUUCGGUUCGGACACUCCUGUGAAUUCAGAGGGUUAUUUUUUUGCCCUCGUGCCUUCCCGUGUGUUCGUCAAAAUCAGCAUUUCAGGUUUUUCAAGAGCUGAAGUCAUUUUUAAACACUGAAGAAGCCCCGUUUCUGUUUAUUGUGCGGACGUUUUACUUGGUUACUGCGAAUUAUGAUAAUUUCUGAAGAAUUCAUACAAUGGACUUUGGACCAAAGCAGUGGUGGGCUCAAAUUUUGCACUAUCUGCAUGAAAAGAACAAUAUUGCUUCACAUGGGGCCAGGAACAGAUGAAAAGAUUUAAUUGCUUUCUGUGAAUCCACUCUCAGGCUUGACCUAUAGGGACCGCCUUGUAACAGGGAUAUAUAAUGAACUUGCGAGGGGGAGUCUGUAUCUCAGGCGUAGCAAUGAUGUAUCAAGCCUCCUUGAUUAUCUAGGUUAGUGGUUGAGACUCAGAAGGAUGAUCCUCUGGAUGCCAUAUCAUGACAGUUGGCUACCAUCACGACACAGAAGCCAAAGUUGCUGGUGACAUGGAUGCUGUAGUUUCUUCCAGAGGUGCUGGUGGCAGCAAUCAUCUGGAUCUAUGGUGAAAGGUCAGUGGGCUCCAGGGCUCACAUAUCAUCGCUACCCUUGCACCCCCCACUUAGACCGCUGCCUGUGAUUUCUGUACCUAAACCAGUUACUUAAACUGCAAUUUCCAGGUCACGAGGAAAUAUACAUCUCAAAGAAGGUCUGUCUUCUUGAUGGGUUUCUAUUAAAAAGGUCUUAUGGGUUCAUGUAAAUUUCAUAAUAUUAAAAGGUCCUGCAACUUUUUGAUAUACUUUUUGUAUUUCAAUGCCACAACUUUUUUAAAGGGCAUUUGUCAGCAGAUCUGUACCUAUGAAUCUGGCUGACCUGUUACAUGUGCGCUUGGCAGCUGAAGGCAUCUGUGUUGGCUCCAUGUUCAUAUUUGCCCACUAUGUUGAGAAAAGUUAAGUUUUAAUAUAUGCAAAUGAGCAACAGGGGCGUUGCCUUUUCUCCUUGAGGCUCUACUUUCUCAACAACCUGCGUGCCUUCUCCACUUUGACAGGAUCAGGCGUUAUGAUGUUUUCACUGCGUGGCCCUGUCAAAGUGGAGAGGGAGAGAGUAGAGCCUCUAGGUGCAAGGCCAACCCCCUGUUGCUCCUAAAGGCUCAU